UCGCGUUAUUCUAUCCUUGUUAUAUACGUAAAGAGUAAUAAAGAUAGAAUGAAGCGGUAGCAAUAGAUAGCGUCUUCUCGAACACGCCCAGAAUAACAUUUUCAGUUCGUGAGAGCCCAAAGAGAACGCAGCCAAGGUGUGAAUUCUCCCUAAAAGGAGCGCACCCUGAUUCUUCUGUUUAAGGUUACGUCUUAUGUUUACGGUCAAUACAAUUUGUGUGCGAGAGCAUUAUUGUAAUUUUGUAAACGAUUUAGGAAGCGUAGUAAGAAGUAGUGACGGGAUUAGAUAGUUGAUUGAUUUAUUUUAUUUAAUAUAAAAAUGAAUGUCGUUACCGCUUUGAAGUUUUAUAUAUCGAAAAUGACAGAAGACAGUGGCCCUGGUAUGAAAGUUUUGUUAAUGGAUAAACAAACGACAAGUAUAAUCAGCUUGCUUUAUAGCCAGUCUGAGAUAUUGAUGAAAGAAGUAUAUUUAUUUGAACGAAUAGAUACUGCUGUACAUAAUGAUACAUUAAAACAUUUAACAUGCCUAGUGUUUAUAAGGCCAACAAAGGAGAACGUUGAUUUGCUUUGUAAAGAACUUAGACAUCCUAAAUAUGGAGUAUAUUAUAUUU